AGAGUAAGAAAGUUAGCCUGAAUUUUUUGAAAAACCAGAGAAGAGAAACUAAGAGGACAGUAGACAAGGUUUUUCCAGUUUGCAUAAUAUUUCCUUCAUGGAUAUUUUUCAUAGCAUUAUUAUGUGAUGUGAGAAUUUUUUUGAAGUAACAUGGAUUUUAUACUACAGAAUCAAGAAAAUUGGCUUUAUAGGAAAAACUGAUUUUAAAAAGUGGUACGGGAUUUUUAUAGAUAACCAUGACAACAUCCCAUAUGAAUGGGCAUGUUACGGAAGAAUCAGACAGCGAAGUAAAAAAUGUUGGUUUUGCAUCAUCAGAGGAGUAUCAGAAGCACCGAGAGAUGGCUGUUGACUGCCCCGGAGAUUUGGGCACCAGGUUGAUGCCAGUACGUCGAAGUGCACAGUUGGAGCGUAUUCGGCAACAACAGGAGGACAUGAGACGCAGGCGAGAAGAAGAAGGGAAAAAGCAAGAACUUGACCUUAAUUCUUCCAUGAGACUUAAGAAACUAGCCCAAGUUCCUCCAAAGACUGGAAUAGAUAAUCCUAUAUUUGAUACAGAGGAAGGAAUUGUCUUAGAAAGUCCUCAUUAUGCUGUGAAAAUAUUAGAAGUAGAAGACUUGUUUUCUUCACUUAAGCAUAUCCAACAUACUUUGGUAGAUUCUCAGAGCCAGGAGGAUAUUUCACUGCUUUUACAACUUGUUCAAAAUAAAGAUUUCCAGAAUGCAUUUAAGAUACACAAUGCUGUCACCGUACACAUGAACAAGGCCAGCCCUCCAUUUCCUCUUAUCCCCAACGCACAAGAUCUUGCUCAAGAGGUACAAACUGUCUUGAAGCCAGUUCAUCAUAAGGAAGGACAAGAAUUAACUGCUUUGCUGAAUGCUCCACAUAUUCAGGCACUUUUACUGGCCCAUGAUAAGGUUGCUGAGCAGGAAAUGCAACUAGAGCCAGUUGCUGAUGAGAGAAUUUAUGAAAGCAUUGGCCAGUAUGGAGGGGAAACUGUAAAAAUAGUUCGUAUAGAAAAGGCUCGUGAUAUUCCAUUGGGUGCUACAGUUCGUAAUGAGAUGGAUUCUGUCAUCAUUAGCCGAAUAGUAAAAGGAGGUGCUGCCGAAAAAAGUGGUUUAUUACAUGAAGGAGAUGAAGUUCUGGAGAUUAAUGGCAUUGAAAUUCGGGGGAAAGAUGUCAAUGAGGUUUUUGACUUGUUGUCUGAUAUGCAUGGUACUUUGACAUUUGUUCUGAUUCCAAGUCAGCAGAGCAAGCCUCCACCUGUCAAGGAAACAGUAAUCCAUGUAAAAGCUCAUUUUGACUAUGACCCCUCAGAUGAUCCUUACGUUCCAUGUCGAGAGUUGGGUCUGUCUUUUCAAAAAGGGGAUAUACUUCAUGUGAUCAGCCAAGAAGAUCCAAACUGGUGGCAGGCCUACAGGGAAGGAGAUGAAGAUAAUCAACCUCUGGCUGGGCUUGUUCCAGGGAAAAGCUUUCAGCAGCAAAGGGAAGCCAUGAAGCAAACCAUAGAAGAAGAUAAGGAGCCAGAAAAAUCAGGAAAACUAUGGUGUGCAAAGAAGAAUAAAAAGAAGAGGAAAAAGGUUUUAUAUAAUGCCAAUAAAAAUGAUGAUUAUGACAAUGAAGAGAUCUUAACCUAUGAGGAAAUGUCACUUUAUCAUCAGCCAGCGAAUAGGAAAAGACCUAUCAUAUUGAUUGGUCCACAGAACUGUGGCCAGAAUGAAUUGCGUCAGAGGCUCAUGAACAAAGAAAAGGACCGCUUUGCAUCUGCAGUUCCUCAUACAACUCGGAGUAGACGAGACCAUGAAGUAGCUGGUAGAGAUUACCAUUUUGUUUCACGUCAAGCAUUCGAGGCAGACAUAGCUGCUGGAAAGUUCAUUGAGCAUGGUGAAUUUGAAAAAAAUUUGUAUGGAACCAGCAUAGAUUCUGUACGGCAAGUUAUCAACUCCGGCAAAAUAUGUCUUUUAAGUCUUCGUACCCAGUCAUUGAAGACCCUCCGAAAUUCAGAUUUGAAACCAUAUAUUAUCUUCAUUGCACCCCCUUCACAAGAAAGACUUCGGGCAUUAUUGGCCAAAGAAGGCAAGAAUCCAAAGCCUGAAGAGUUGAGAGAAAUCAUUGAGAAGACUAGAGAGAUGGAGCAGAACAAUGGCCACUACUUCGACACAGCAAUUGUGAAUUCAGAUCUUGAUAAAGCCUAUCAGGAACUGCUUAGGCUAAUAAACAAACUUGAUACGGAACCUCAGUGGGUGCCGUCCACUUGGCUGAGGUGAAGGAAGCAUCCAUUCUACGGCAUGUUGAACUUGAUCUGGCAAACUACCAAUAGGAAGACAACCUGACACUUGAGCAAGGCAGAGGCAGCUGAAUAAGCUGUACACCUGGUCUUAGAUCUCUCCAGCUUCUGAGAAGAAAGGCCCCUUAGGCAAUUUGUACACAGCAUUCUUUGUUUGCUUUACAAAGCUUUAGAGGUUUCUGCCUCAUUUGGGGAUUCCAAAUGGAAGCUUUCAAAGAGCAGUUCCAUUUUAUGCUGUUAAAACCUUUUGUUUUCACCUAACUAAAUCUUUCCUGCUUAGUCAUAUUUCCAUGAGAAACUUGUGUGUAUGUACACAGGAGUCCAUGUCUCAUAUAAUUACUGAUGUUGUUUAACUCUUAAAUGACUACAUGAGAAUAUUUUAGGAUAGGAGCAGACUGUGCUUUUAUGCCAUGGGCCAGACAGCAUUUGCUUAGGAGACUAAUUUAGUCAUCAGAAAUACCUUCCUAAAAAAGAAAAAACAAAAUGGUGACACCUUGGUUUGGAGCUACUUUGUUAGACUUGAAGUCAUUUGAAUGUCUUUUAAUUCUUAAAAAAAAAAAAAAAAAAUCCAUGAGAAGCACCGGUUCUUUUCGCUCAAACUUUCUGAAUCAGACUGUACACUCAGCAGACCCUAAAUGAGUCAACGUUAUACAAAAUAUGCUGGUCUUUUUAAAGACAUAAUGAUUAUCUGUAUUUUUUCUUAAAUCGUCACAACCGAUUUGCUAACCUUGCUUCUUUUCUUUGAUCUGUAUAGUAUAAUAGAAUGUAUAAAUUAUAUUUUAUGAAUGGCAGAUGUUCAUAUAAACAGUGUUGACUGAUAAAGUUUCUUCCUCAUGAUGCAAACAUUUUUAUAUACAUAGGAGGACAUAGCACAUUUGACAGAUUUGCAUUUUUAUAUAUGAGCACAGUAUAAGCCUACGACUGCUAUAUAUGUAGGUAAUAAACUGGAAUUCUUCUGCUGUACUCUAUACUAAUAUUUAAUAGAUCAACAAAUGGUCACUGGUAACACUGUUCAGCAUUGGAAUAAAAUUAUUUAUGUCUUAGGGAAACACUAUGACAAUUGACUUUGAGAUCAGAAGGAAAGGAAGAUCUGAAAGUCAUUUGAACAUUUUAGGAACAGAAUACUGGGGAGAAAAAGGUAUUAAGCCUAUAGAAAUAGGUUUUUAUUCCCACAAGUUCUGCCUCUUAUGACCAGAAUACAACAGCUUGCUAAAUCAUGACAGGUUUAAGCUAAUGGGAUUUUUGUACUGUCUCUAUAGCUGUAGCUUUAAAAUUCAACGUCUGUAAUUGGCAUGGAAAGUUAAUUUGUAGGCGGCUUUUCAGGCCUUUAAGGAAAGUGUGAUGUGUGACAAACAACUUCAAAUGUGAAUGCCUUGAUUGUCUUUUUAUGGUGACUUCAGCUACAGUAUUUCCUCUCCCCAGAGCUAAACACUGGAAUAAUACUGACCUGUCAUUUAAUUUAACAUAAGCUAUUGUGUUUAAUGAGUAGUUUGUCUCAGUGUCAUGUAUAUAUUUGAUUUUCUCCUCUUCUAUGUAAUUUUAUUUGAGCCAGUGUAGACAGUUUAUAUGUUGCCUUUUUUCUCUUUUAAAUUUUGCAUGGCCUAUUAAGUUGACUGGGGAGUGUGUCUUGUGUGAAUAUAUUUUCAAGAUAAUGUUCCUUAGGAAGUAAGUAACAUUUCUGGGUUGAGGGGAGGAAUGCCAUACAUACUGUCUGUUCAAAGCUCUGAAACACUCCAGCUUCUAGCAGGAAAAUUCAAACAAAGGUCACACUGAUUUUUAGCAUUGAAAACUAAGGAAUAUACUUAGCACUUAAUCUUAUCAGUUUUCCAGUUUACUUUCUUCUCAGGAAUGAAAGGUAGUUCAUGGUUGACAGUGGAGUUUUGUGAUCUGCUUAUUGUAACUGACAAUUGUUUUCAGCCCCUAGAUCUAAAAUAGGGACGGUUCAUAUUGUUAGUGAGGUUGUAGGUAGUGUCAGUGAGUGGCUGUGGUGCCACUGUAGACAAUAGACCUGCACUAGGGCCAUGUGCUGUCAGGACUCAGGCAUAUGGCUUUAAUAAGCAGAUCUUGUAUGCCCAUGCCAUACUUUUAGGAAUUCUAGGGUGACAUAUUUUCAGGGUCAGUGAGGUCCCAUAAUUCUCUGCUUCCUUAUCAGCGAGAGUAGAAAGAAAUGUCCCAAACUUUUCUAAAUCCUAGUGAUAAGGAUGUGCUGAUAUUCAACACAAUCCCUAAACAAAGUGAAAACUUGAGUUGUUGCUGAUGUCCUCAAAAGAAUACAGAAGACUUGCUAUACAUGCAGUUGUAUAGCCACUCUGGCCAGUUCCACUUCUUGUCCCUCCUUGGUUCUGACUGGAGGAAGUCUUAACCACUUACUGUAAAAAUGAUACCAACGGCUAAUGAAAUGUACUUGGAAAAUCUAAUUACUGAAAUACCUUUAUUUCCUAAAUUUUCAUAAGUCAGAACAAAUGGAAGGAGAAUAUUAUUUAGACUAAUCCAGAUUUGCUUUCUAUGAAAAUCUAAUGUCUGGAUUAUUUUCCUUUUCUCAUGGCCUAAGGAAUAAGUAUUGGUAAGGAAUGAUUUGAAUGUAAUUUUGUGAAUGUGUGGAAAAUAUAAACCAGGGAUUUAGCCUUAAUAAAGGUAACAUUUGGACAUCUGUUGUUAAUCCCCCUUUGUACUCUUAUCCUGUAUCUGCACUCUGUUAUUUUGAGAUGUCAUACUGCACACUGUAUUGUAAAAAUAAAAAGUAAAAUUAUAUUUCAAGUUUAAAAAGCCA